UCUCCCUCCCUCCAGCUUGGCGGUGUCACGUGGCGAGGGCGGAAGCGUUUAUGUGACCGGCGCGCGCUGAAUCCCGCGCGUGCGCUGCCAUUUGCUCUUUUCUUCAUAUCGCGUCGCGCGGAGCACAAAGUGCUAAGAUAGUCCCGCUGCUGAGUCACAGUUUAACACACACAACCAUGGCAGAGAACGACCCACAAGUUCAGUUUAAGCUGGUUCUUGUAGGCGACGGAGGCACGGGGAAGACCACCUUUGUGAAGAGACACUUGACAGGAGAGUUUGAAAAGAAAUAUGUUGCUACUCUGGGUGUUGAGGUGCAUCCCUUGGUCUUCCACACUAACAGAGGCGCUAUUAAAUACAAUGUGUGGGACACAGCCGGACAGGAGAAGUUCGGAGGCCUGCGAGACGGAUACUACAUUCAAGCUCAGUGUGCGAUCAUCAUGUUCGACGUGACCUCUCGAGUGACUUAUAAGAAUGUUCCCAACUGGCAUCGUGACUUGGUGCGCGUGUGCGAGAACAUUCCCAUAGUGCUGUGCGGCAACAAAGUGGACAUCAAGGAUAGGAAGGUGAAAGCUAAGAGCAUCGUGUUCCAUCGCAAGAAGAACUUACAGUACUACGACAUUUCCGCCAAGAGUAAUUAUAACUUUGAGAAGCCGUUUCUGUGGCUUGCACGGAAGCUGAUCGGAGAUCCUAACUUGGAGUUUGUCGAAAUGCCUGCCCUUGCCCCACCUGAAAUCGCCAUGGACCCAUCACUUGCUGCACAGUACGAGCAUGACCUGAAAGUGGCAUCAGAAACAGCUCUCCCAGACGAGGAUGACGACCUCUAACCUGUUACCCUUUGACCUUUUUUUUUCCUUGUGGCGUUGCUGGGUUUCCUCAGCAAUCGGCGUUUGCCUCUCCCUUCCCAAUUUUCCUUUUACUGUAAAACCGCCCCCAUCCCCCCCUGCUCAGAUAUUUUUAUUUUUCAAAUUGUUUUGUUCUGUGUCAGACUGAAUAAACAGUGAAGUGAUCUACUUGUAGACAUGCUUACAUUGACUUCACCAUUCACACUCUAGGACACGUUUGUGUUCACUUACAGAAAUCCGCAUACACUCAGUGUGAGAUCGAGUGUCCCAGUGCUUACUCUCCCUUUCUGUGUGGCUCUAAGCACUUAGAGAUCUUUGAAUAAAAACAUUCUCAGUACA